AGUGAUAAAAGCAAAAGAGCAUUUAUUGCUUCACAACUAACUGCAUAAGCCUCUGGCUCUGAGGGCUGUGUUGCAAAACAAAUUUUUCUGCGCGUUUGCUGCGCAUUCGUUUCUUCUACAAGUGCUUUCCUAGCAGCACGCCGAGCAAAGUAUCGAUUUCGCUUGCCCGCUAAUUUCUGAGCUAGAGGUUGUAGCCUAGUCACUUUAAAGGUCGUCCAAAAUGUCAUCUACCUCUUCGUCCACUCCGUCCAGCUCGAAACCCGGUAAUAAAGCGGAGUCCACGUCCGCCGGCCUGGCUCGCAUGCAGCAGCGGCAGAUGCUUCGGCAAAGAAAGGCCGUUGGGCUGCCGCCGCUGGAAGCGCAGAACGUGCACAGUCGGGUGCAGCACCUGUUUAAGGAGAAGGAGCCACCGCAACUGUCGCUGGGGGAGCGCGGGUGUUAUCCUCAGCGGGAAAUAAGUCCACACUGACUUUAUUUAUUUCGGAGGCACGCAGUACAAUUUCAAUGUGCAUUCUCUCCGUGGUGUGUUCGCACAUUAGCAGUGACAGCAGCACAAUCAAGCCAUCUGCUUGUCCCAUUUUUUUACAGCACAACCAUUGCCAAAACACGACUGCAACUGCCUUUCAUGGGGAUGCGCAUAACAAAUUUUGCUGUAGACGCAAAGAUGCAUGACAGCCCUGGAGUCGUGGGGACGUUUUUCUUCAGGAUAGGCGUCUGGGUAUCAUCAUCCUUUUGGCGGUCGUGCCUAUGGUGUGGACGCCACCCUUUAUGGUCGACCUCGCCCGCAUGCUCGACCAAGCGGUGGCGAGAUAGUCGUGUAUCUAGAACGGGCGUGCGCUCCACGGCUCGGCGUCGCGAUGAAUCCAAAUGUGUAGAUUUUGCAAUUGCGUCAGGUCGUGGCUUCAACAUGAUAAGCCACAAAAAA